AUGACUGUUCUACCGGAGCCCUCCGACUGGUAUCGAGACCAGGUGGUCUUUCUUACAGGAGCCACUGGUAACCUGGGCGGCUGCUUGCUAUACAAGCUUGCCGUUCAACUACCGACGAGUAAAAUAUAUGUGCUAUGUCGAGGCUCGAUGCGCGAUGCAAUGACAAAAUGGGAAGCGUCCAUGCCAGAACAAAUCGAAGAUAUUCUCGAUACGGGCAAAGUCCAAUGUUUAACUGGAGAUAUCACUCAGCCUAAACUGGGGCUUACCUCGGACGAGCUGGAGAUUUUACAGAAAGAGGUUACAGUGGUGAUGCAUUCGGCCGCGAAGCUUUCUUUCUUCCAAAACCUCGCCGAGUCAGUUCGAGUCAAUUGUGUGCCCGUUGUGGAGCUUGCACGUCUCCUGAGUUCCUUCAACAGGAUUAAAGCCUUUCUGCAUAUUUCUACUGUUUCGACCCAAAGCUUUUUACCCGGAGGAGUUGUACUUGAAAAUGCAAAUAAAUCUUCACCCGAUGAAGAGCCAGCUGAGAAACAACUUGAAGAUAUACUGUCUACUGGCCAUUCUCCACAUGCCGAGAAUUUUCUUGCGCCGUACUCGCAGUCGAAAUAUCUGGCCGAGCAGAUCCUUCUCGGCAUGGAGACUACCUUCAAGUUCCCUAUUCUCAUCGUCCGACCGACAAAUAUAGGGCCAGCUAUUCAACAUCCCUAUUCAUGUUACGGACCAGAAGGGGCUAUUCCAGUCCACACAUUCUUCCAGCUUCUCUUCGAAGGAGGCGAGCGUCGGAAACUUGGUGAUCUGGAUUCACUGCCACAAGAUCUAAUCGUCGACGAGAUCCCAGUGGAUAUUGCUGCUAAUGCCUGCCUGUUUCAUCUGGCCAUCGGGUCGACAGGAAUUGUACAAGCGGGUGCCCAGCUGUAUGUACCGACCACUUUUGGGCAAUUCAUCGCGCAGCUGCGGAAAUACGCGCCUCGGAAGUUGGUCGAGAAAGCGGCUCAUGUUAGGGUGAAGAGGAACGUUCAUUUUGCGAAUCAUGCAAAUGAUAUCAUUCACCAUGUUUCUCGGGGUUGGGAGAUUGAUUGCACGCGAACAAAUGACCUCAAGCAUACGGAUGGCCCCAUUGGGCUGUCUUUGGCUGGCCAUGACUUCGAGUCGUUUGUUCGGAGACGAAUUACAAGACAGGCGCGAAGCCUCGAAUCGUGGAUAGAUAAUUUCGAUAAGGAUUAA